GACUCCCGCCAGUUUUCGCAGACCGUGCUGUGUGGAGUGGAGCGUGCGCGGAGACACAGUGACGAAACUUUAACACUCGCGUUUCUAGAUAAUAACUCCUAUAAUCAAUAUUCUCCAAGGAAUAAAUCGAUUUAGGAUCGAUUUAGGAGGCUGAACAUCAAAAAGACCGAUUGGAAAUGGCACCGAAGGAUUAUUUAGCCGAGAAAGAGAAGUGCAAGCGCUUCCUGCAGGAGUUCUACUCUGAAGAUGAUUCUGGAAAGAAGGUGUUUAAAUAUGGAGCUCAACUGGUGGCCCUGGCACACAGGGAGCAGGUGGGCUUGGUGGUGGACCUGGAUGACGUAGCAGAGGAAGAUCCCGAGCUGGUGGAAAGUGUGUGUGAGAACACAAAACGGUACACAGUGCUGUUUGCAGAUGCAGUCCAUGAGCUUCUCCCAGAGUACCGGGAGCGAGAGGUAGUGGCCAAAGAUGCGCUGGACGUUUACAUCGAGCACCGGCUGAUGAUGGAGACCAGGGGUCGUGACCCCGCCGACAUGAGGGACCCCAGGAACCAGUACCCUGCUGAGCUCAUGAGAAGAUUUGAGGUGUAUUUCCGGCCACCCUCCACCUCUAAGCCGAAGGUUGUGCGGGAUGUGAAGGCCGACAGCAUUGGGAAGCUAGUUACUGUCCGAGGAAUCGUUACCAGGGCAACUGAGGUUAAACCAAUGAUGGCUGUUGCUACGUACACCUGUGACCAGUGUGGCGCGGAGACCUACCAGCCGAUUGCGUCUCCGAGCUUCAUGCCACUCAUCAUGUGUCCCAGUCAGGAGUGUGUGACCAAUCGGUCAGGGGGGCGCCUCUACCUGCAGACCAGGGGCUCAAAGUUUGUCAAGUUUCAGGAGCUGCGGAUUCAGGAGCAUAGCGACCAGGUUCCAGUGGGGAACAUCCCGCGCAGUAUGACUAUUUACGCCAGAGGAGAGAACACACGAUUAGUGCAGCCGGGAGAUCACGUGGCCGUUUCCGGGGUCUUCCUUCCUCUUCUUCGCUCCGGCUUCAGACAGGCUGUGCAGGGUCUGCUGUCAGAGACGUACUUGGAGGCUCACUGUGUGACUCUGAUGAAUAAAACGGAGGAUGAUGAGCUGGGUACUGAGGACCUGAGUGAGGAGGAGCUGCGGCAGAUCACAGAGGAGGAUUUCUAUGAGAAGCUGGCUGGGUCGAUCGCCCCUGAGAUUUACGGCCACGAGGACGUUAAGAAAGCGCUGCUGCUUCUGUUGGUGGGCGGAGUCGAACAGGCGCCUCGUGGGAUGAAGAUCAGAGGUAAUAUUAACAUCUGUCUGAUGGGAGAUCCUGGAGUGGCCAAAUCACAGCUGUUGUCCUACAUCGACCGCCUGGCACCCCGCAGUCAGUACACGACAGGACGUGGGUCGUCAGGUGUGGGUCUGACGGCUGCAGUGAUGCGUGACCCGGUUACCGGGGAGAUGACCCUCGAGGGUGGGGCUUUGGUUCUGGCUGAUCUGGGUGUGUGCUGUAUUGAUGAGUUUGACAAGAUGGCAGACGCCGAUCGCACGGCCAUCCACGAAGUGAUGGAGCAGCAGACCAUCUCCAUCGCCAAGGCUGGGAUAAUGACCUCUCUGAACGCACGCUGUUCCAUCCUGGCAGCGGCUAACCCAGCUUACGGGCGCUAUAACCCACGGAAGACCAUCGAGCAGAACAUCCAGCUGCCGGCUGCUCUGCUGUCCCGCUUCGACCUGCUGUGGCUCAUCCAGGACAAACCGGACACUGACAACGACCUGCGUCUGGCCCAGCACAUCACCUACGUCCACCAGCACUCCAAACAGCCCCCCACACACUUCACCCCCAUCGACAUGAAGCUCAUGAGGCGGUAUCUCAGUAAGUGUAAGAAGAGGCAGCCGGUGGUUCCCGAGGCUCUCGCUGAUUACAUCACCGCUGCUUACGUGGAGAUGAGGAAAGAGGCUCGAGUGAGUAAAGACACCACGUUCACCUCGGCCCGAACCCUGCUGUCCAUCCUGCGCCUGUCCACAGCACUGGCACGGUUGCGGAUGGUGGACGUGGUGGAGAAAGAAGACGUAAAUGAAGCCAUGAGACUGAUGGAGAUGAGCAAAGACUCCCUACAGGCAGACAAAUCAACCACCACCAGGACCCAGCGGCCGGCGGACGUGAUCUUCUCUCUGGUGCGAGAGCUGGCGGGUGAGAGCGGGAAGGUGAAAGCGGUGCGAAUGGCGGAGGCGGAGCAGAAGUGUGUGUCGCGUGGUUUCACUCCGGCUCAGUUCCAGUCGGCUCUGGACGAAUACGAGGAACUCAACGUGUGGCAGGUCAACCAGGGCCGCUCUCGCAUCACCUUUAUCUAAUCGCACAUCACGCCACACACUUGCCUCUUCCAUGACUCCAUCUGCUGCCAUACCUGCAGAUUCUCUUUAUGGACUCUUUGAAUUUGAAUUUAUUGAUCACUAAAUGUUUUCAGCUGUUUGUUUGUUUUAAUUUGUUAUUAAUGCUGAGAAAUAAAAACCUGUAAAUACCA